CGAAAAUGUUACUGGGUUGCAACCAGCGGGGCGACAAAACAAAUAUUUAUCUCAACAGAUUGCAUCAGGUCGCGGUAGUACAUAUACAAAAACAAAUUGCGAUAUCGCACGGCUUACACCACAGCAACAGAAACACUUGUAUAAUCAAAAUAAUACGAAAGAAAAAAAACCAAGAGCCAGUUCACGUUUUGCGGCUACAACCUCCAUCGAAACCGCCGCCUUCAAUAUUAAAUAGGCACGUAAAUGAUAAUGAAAAUGCAGGUCCGAAAAUCACUGACGAGGGGCAACAACGUGUCUCAAAUGCACUGCAGCGAUCUGCAACACUUCCAGCAAAACAUUGCCGCUUAGGCAUUCGCAGUCGCGUAACAUUUCAGGUGCCAUCACCAGCUGCUCCGCUGGGUGAUAAGAGCAAUUACAUCAAUAGCAACAAUACCGUGUGCCGUGUUGAAGCAACAGAAGUUAAAAUGGCCUCGGAAGACCUCUUACAACCAGGCCACGUAGUCAAAGAACGAUGGAAAGUUGUGCGAAAAAUAGGUGGCGGAGGCUUUGGAGAAAUCUAUGAAGGCCAAGAUCUGAUAACUCGUGAACAAGUUGCGUUAAAGGUGGAAUCGGCACGUCAGCCGAAGCAGGUUUUGAAGAUGGAAGUUGCUGUCCUUAAGAAACUGCAAGGGAAAGAGCAUGUUUGUCGCUUUAUUGGCUGUGGUAGAAAUGAUCGAUUUAAUUAUGUUGUGAUGCAAUUGCAAGGUAAAAACCUGGCGGAGUUGCGUCGCGCACAACCGCGUGGAGCAUUUUCAUUGAGUACAACGCUACGAUUGGGAUUACAAAUAUUGAAAGCUAUUGAAUCCAUACAUUCAGUGGGAUUUUUACACCGUGAUAUUAAACCUGUAAGCGAAAAUUAUAAAAUGUAAUACUUAUGUUUGCAUAAUUUACUUUUCAUUCACAAACUAUAUAGGUAUUUUUUUUAAUAUUAAACAGCGACACUAUAUAUCAAAGCAAAACGAUAAAUAACACUUCUUGAAAACACGUUCCUUAAAUAUUCUUUUAAAGCAUUUCUCAUUAAAACUGGUUCGCACUCUAGCGAUUCCUGCACUUUCAUUGGCAGGUUGUACUGACAAAUUGUAAUGCAGCUCGUUAGGAAAAAUAUAUACAGUUAUGAGAAUUUCGACA